AUGGACGCGGAUCAGAAGCGAGCGAGCUUUGAGCUGCAGCAGUUUCUGGAGCAGGAGAAGCAGAAGGCGAUGCUGAAUGAGCUGGUGGCGAAGCUCACGGAGGUGUGCUGGGACAAGUGCGUCCUCACCGCUCUUUACCCUACCCGUUUUCUGAACCCGCACCUUUCCCCCGCCUUCUCCCCUUUAUUCUCUCUCUUUUCCCUCAUUCCACCCUCCCUUUCCCCACCGUCUCUCCCUCCCUCCUCUCCCCCUCACUGUCUUCCUAUUCUCCCUCCACCUUUCCCCACCUCCCGUACUUGA